CAAUCACGCAACAACAACGCGUGUUCCCCUGAGAGACCUGGCCAUGGAUGAGGAAGACACGCUCUCUCGCGCCAUCGCUCUUGUUGAAACAGUUUACGAUCAAGUGUCUAGCGAGUUUGCCCUCUGGAAGGCCGAUCACGCUGCUCGCAUACUCAGGAAUGUGGCAUCCGACGAUCCCUCCGUUGCGAGGACGGUCGAAGCCAGCAUGAGUGCUCGCAUGCCAAGUACUACCACUCCUAGCAUCUCCGAGCCCUCGGCACUGCUUGUUUGGGACUUUGAAGGCGACGGAGACACACUCGAUACCACUCCGGAAUACGUCGGGGUCAAGGUCAUCCAUGCGGAUGCCUCUUUCUCUCCGGUGCCUGUCUACGAAUACUGCACUCCUUCGCUACGGAAUGUCAAAGUCGGCGACGAUUCCUCCUCCAUGCCUUUCUUACCCUUUCCAAACGACCCGCGCUUCAACUUGGCUGAUUACGUGGAACUACAUAAACAAUGUAGCUGGGACGUGGACGCUCGGCAGGCCUCAGACGAUACCGAUCUACAGGUGAUAGUAGUGGAAGCUGCGCGCAGACUCCAUACGCAGCAUGGGAUGCUCUACCGCCAUAUCGACGAGACUGAUGCCCUUCCCAUCCCUCUUUUGGAUCACGACGGGGUCAGAGGAAUGAUCGAAAGCAGUCGCCGGCGUGACUUUCCUCCAUGGCCGAAAACUGUUCCUCCCACUCAGAAAUUCCUUCGGGACGACGACACUCUCAGCCCCGACACUUUACCCAGUCAGAUACUCAACCAGUUGAUUACGAAUUUCUGCGGAAACCUCAAUUGCGUGAUACCGUUCUGCACCACGCACUUGGAGCCUCAGACGAUGCCUCUGCGAGUAGAAUCUUCGGUCAAGAGCUCACGCAUGAGAGCGCUUGCCCUCAGAACGAAAACGCCCUGUGACGAUGACUGCUUCUUGCUCAGAGAGCUUGAUGCUACGAUUCAUCAGCCGCCUGUUUCGUGGAGCAAAGUUGACCUCGACCUUCUGGAAACGUUGCUCGAGCUAACUCCUGAUAUGCUCCCUUGCCGGCUCGCAGAAGUGAUCAAGAGACCCUGCUUUGAGAUUUCUACACAGGCCUCCGUCGUUGGCGUGGCUGUACGUGCGCCUCGAAAAGCAAGCGAUGCUCGACGAAAACCUGCGCAUGCCGAUUGGCAUAUCGAGAAUGCGAUCCGGAACUCUGCCUCCGCUGCAAGGCACGGUUCAGACGAUUUGGCUGGCCUGUGCUGCAAUUCCGGUAUCCAGCGUGGGCGUUGGAAACUCACCAAGGUCGCACCAGCUACAUACGGGCUAGGCCUCUUUGUCCAAGAACAUGUGUCCAAAGACGAGUUGAUCAUUGGUAAUAUCUCGGCGAACUCAUCUUCGAGGCUACUGUCGAAUCUCGGGGGCAACCUCAUUGCGUCCCAUCGAGAUCGAAGUUAUGCUUUCGAUCUGAACGAGACCAUGCGUGUGGACGGAACGUACUUGGGGAACGACUCUCGGUUCAUCAACCACGACGACGGAGAGCAUGUCAACUGUUGUGCUAAAGUAAACGGGGAACAUCGCAUCGGUUUUUUCGCCACUCGAGAGAUUAAUCCAGGCGAGGAAAUUCUAUUUUCCUACGGCAAGAAAUUCUUCAAGUAA